AUGGGUGUGAAUGCCUCAGACUGGUUCUUCCCCACCCUGGCUCCAGAGCUGGACCCCUGCAGUAACUACACUGAAGCCUGGCUGUGGCUGUCCUCCCUGCAGCCGGCCUACCUGGUUAUUAUCAGCAUGGUGGGCUUGGUAGGGAACGGCCUGGUUCUCUGUGUGUUCUGCCUGCAGAGGAAGCCCUGCACCGUGGCAGAUGUCUACCUGGGGAACCUGGCAGCUGCCGAUCUCAUCAUGAUGACCUGCCUUCCCUUCUGGGCUGUCACCAUUGCCCGGGGCUACCAGUGGGACUUUGGAGAGGUCCUCUGUAAGCUGGUCAAUGUGGCCAUCUCUAUGAACUACAUCUGCAGUGUUCUGUUCCUCAUGCUGGUCAGCGUGGACCGAUAUCUUGCCUUGGUGAAGCCCAUGAGCACCAGUCGUCUAAGGAGAGCCUCCUGGGCCAAGCGUAUCUGCCUUGGGGUCUGGACGAUGGGCUUCCUCUUCACUCUCCCCACACUGUUCUUCCGCACAAUGAUGUACGUAGAAGAUCCCGGGGUGGAUGCCUGCAUUUUAGCCUACCCCCACCCAGCAUGGAGGUUGCACCACAACAUCACCAGGAACGUGUUGGGCUUCCUAAUCCCUGUCCUGGUGGUGGGGUACUGCACUCGUCACAUUGUUUCUGUGCUGAACGACCGGGAAGUCCUCUGGCUCCCUGGGGUUAGGGCGGAGAGGAAGGCCACCUCAUUGGUUCUGGCCGUGCUCGCUGUCUUCCUCUUCUGCUGGACACCUCACCAGGUGAUGCGCUUCCUGGACACUCUGGAUUACUUCCAUGUCACACCCGGAUGCCUCUGGGGUCAUGUCCUGGACAUCGGCAUACAGUUGUCCACAUAUUUGGCGUACAGCAACAGUGCUGUGAACCCUUUCCUGUUUGUCAUUGUAGGGAAGCAUUUCAGGAAACGUGCAAAAGAGGUGUUUGGAAAGACUUUAAACCCCUGGUCAAAAGACAUGUCCUACCUGACU